AUGGGGAAAUCACCGUAUGAUUGGAUGAAUGGCUUGGGGGAGUGGGCUGAGUGGCUGGCAACUUUGAUCCAACCAGCACGGUCCCAUCCUGAAGUAAUCAUUGCCGCUGUUGCAGCAAGAGAUGGGAAGAAGGCACAAGCAUAUGCGAAGAAAUAUGGCAUCCCAAUUGUGCACAAAAGCUACGAUGGCAAGUACUACCUUUUCAUCGGCAAUCUCAUUAAUGAUCCCUCUAUCGAUUGCAUCUACAAUCCUCUCCCCAACGGAUUGCACUAUGAAUGGACCUUGAAAGCCCUCAAAGCUGGAAAACACGUCCUCUUAGAGAAGCCCGCAACCUCCAACGCCGAAGAAGCGCGGUCACUCUUCCACCAUCCUGUUCUCUCUUCUCCCAAUGCCCCAGUCCUGCUGGAAGCCCGACACUACCAAUUCCAUCCAGCAUGGCACGCAUUCCUUUCUCUCUUUGACCCCAAAGAUGUAGAAUCGGCAGAUGCGACAACAGCGCUGCCAGGCGGCAUGUUCUCUCACGACGACAUCCGUUUCAAAUACCACCUCGCCGGCGGCACACUGAUGGAUCUGGGCACAUACAACCUCAGCGCCCUACGCGCAAUAUUCGCCUCCGACCCAUCAUCUGUCACAUCCGCAAGCCCCCGCCUCAUGUCCCCUCCGCACGACAGCAAAUGCGACCUCGCUAUGCUCGCAACCUACGCCUUCCCCAACGGUGGCACAGCAACCCUCCUCGCUGACCUCGAUGCGCGCGUCACCAAAAGCAGCGGCACAUGGUGGUCCUGGCUCUUCGACACAUGGCCGAACUACACGGCAAAAGGCAUGCCACCAGUCUGCAGCGUCGUGCUGCGGCCCAAGCACGGCGUCGAGGAAAAUCUAAACAUAACCACGCAGAAAACUAUCACGAUGAGUAAUUUCAUGGGCCCGCAUAUCUGGCACAGAAUCGUCAUCGAGACGACGACGACGUAUCGCGAUGCGAAGGAUAAGGUUAUAAGGACGGAGAAGCAUACGGAGACUAAGAAGCAGUAUGUCUGGCCUGAGGGUAAGGGCCCAGGAGAGGACUGGUGGCCGACGUAUCGGUAUAUGAUGGAGGGGUUUGUGGAUAAGGUCAAGGGGAGGAAGAAUAGGGCGUGGGUCGAUGGCGAGGACUCAAUUAGACAGAUGGAGAGUAUUGACCAGACGUAUGAAAAAGCUGGCAUGGCUGUUAGGCCGACGAGCCAGAGUCUUGAAUGA